UCCAUUUAACUUCCUUUUACUUCUUUUUACUUGAACAAUUUUAUACUGUUUUACUGAUAAAACUUUUAAAAAAUUUAAUCGGUGAUUGAUUAAUUAUUAUUCUAUUUUAUCGCUUUUUGUUUAAUUCGAUUCCCUUUUCUCUCUUUAUUCCUUCUAUCCCCUUUAUUCUCUCAAAUGGCUGCUGCCUCUUCAUCUUCGUCUUUCCCAAAUCCUAGUUAUUUAAUUGACAUUAACUCUUAUAUCGAGUUAUCAAAUCCUGAGUUUAAUUCGAAUCGAAAAUCGUACAAUAUAGAUCAUUUUAAAAAAUUCAAUCUCACUAAAAACAAUUCGUUCCAAUUCAAUGGUCUAAUUCCACUCUAUUUAGAAAAUAAGCCAAUUGAUUUUAUUUCAAAUCAAUUGAAAUUAAUCGAUAUUUCCUCUGCUUUUAUUAACAACAAUUGGUCAAAGUUUAAACUAGGUUAUACUAAUACCAACAACUCUUUAAUUUAUAACUCUACCAUAGUUUCUCUGUUGAAUUCUUUAGAUGUUGUCAACUUGCUUCAAUUCGACACCAACUUGAUUUUAAUUUAUGACUCAUUUUUAAAGGCCUUAACCUUUUAUUAUUCAAAUCUUGGUGAUAAUACUACAUCAAAUGACUCAAUUCUUAUUUACAAAGUCUUGUUUCCCCUUGACGAUAUUGUAAACUCCCAUUUAAAUAACAUAUCUAAUUUUCAAAAUAAUAUCUUCAAAUUUUCAAGAUUAUCCUUAGAUUUAAAAAAACAACCUUCUUUGUCAUACCUAUCUUUAACGAGAGACGAUCUUGAUGACUUAUACUAUCAAAACCUUUCAUCAUUUGUGUCAAUUCCAUCUUUAAAUUGGUCUUCAUUGGGUAUUGAUUUUACCCCUGACAAUCAAUUCUCACACUUACCACCUUUUAAUUCUCAAAAUCACUUGACUAAUUUUACUUUCUUAGGUGACAGUUCUUCAUUAAAGGAUUUGCAAAUUAUCAUUUCAAAUAAUUUCUCUAAAAAUAAUUCCCCUAUCCAUCAAAAUCCCUUCUUUGAUUUUCCUUUAACUCCCUCUCCUUCUCCAAAUUCAUCUAAAUACAAAUCUAACACUUUAGAUAUCUCUUAUCUUCCCUCCGAUUUAUUAAACGAAAAAUUACUUAUAAAUCAUAACGAUGAUUCUAAUUACACUCAGCCUAAUUUUUUCAGAAGAAAUGUUUUACUCUUUAAAAAUACUGAUUACUACUUGAUUUCUACAUUUUAA